AUGUUAGCACUUAUUCAACUAGCAUCUACCAAUAAUAAGGAAGAAAAUAUUAAAAUGUUAACUAAACUUGUUGAAUCGGCCACCGAACAGGGUGCCGAGAUGGUAUUCCUGCCAGAGGCCGCGGAUUUCAUUGCAGGAUCACAAAAGGAGUCCUUUCAACUGGCAGAGACAAUGGAUGGAAAGUUUUUAACUUCCGUCAGAAAUUUGGCUGAGCGGCUAGGGAUUUGGAUUAGUGUCGGUUUCCACAGGAAGCCUCAAGUCACGGAGGAAGACCAGCGCCUUUUCAAUUCACAUGUCGUUAUUGAUAAUACUGGAGGAAUUAGAGGUUUAUACGACAAGACGCACUUGUUUGGCCUCGAUUUAAAUCGUGAGGUUACAACUCGCCAGUCGGCUAUAGAUGAAUCAACUUACACCCGUCCCGGUGCAGUUGCCCCCGUGGUUGUCCGCAACACUCCUGUUGGAACUCUUGGCCUUGCUAUAUGCUACGACCUGCGUUUUCCAGAGCUGGCAACUUCUCUGCGGUACCAGGGUGAUGCGAAUGUGUUAGCCUAUCCAUCGGCGUUUACAAAACUGACAGGAGAAGCCGGACACUGGCACACCCUUCUUCGGGCACGUGCAAUAGAGACCCAGUCCUACGUUGUGGCUGCCGCUCAGGAUGCUGUACACAGCCCCAAAUUCACCACAUAUGGCCACAGCCUGGUUGUCAAUCCGUGGGGUCAGGUUAUCGCAGAGUGCGAACAACCCGGUCCCGGGGUAGUCCUGGCACGCAUAAAUCACGACCGCAAGAAGGAUGGCUUGCCAUCAGCCGACCUGGACCAACUGCCUGCUACCAACUUCACGAGCUACGUUCGCAGUAUUCUGCCCGUGUCCACGAGCCGACGCUUUGAUCUUUAUCCUCAAGCUGGUGGAAGUCAGCCGAUACGUACGUUUUUUCUGUUAGUGGUCUUACCUUUUAACAGUGCUGGCGACUUUAAUCACACAGUGGACAUCGCAUUUGGAUAA